CCUUUCGAUCGGCAGUCAAAAAGUUCCGGCUGCCAAACGCCCUCCCCUUUAACGGGAGCGCUGCGCCCGGCUCAGGCGGCUGGAAAGCUCCGGGGAGUCGGAGCAUCCAUCCCCCUGCAGCAGCGCGGCCGCGGUAGCAGCAUCAGCUGCUGCUUCAGCCUCCCCCUCCCCGCUUCUCGCGGCCCGGGCCGGCGGCGUGCGCCCGGUCUAGGGGCCAGCGGGCAGGCUGAACGGCUCGGAUGCGGAGGCGGGGAGGGGGCCGGCGUGGCUGAGCCGGUGACAGCGAGCAGCACUGCAGCAGCCGAGGGGGAGCUGGGACGCCGCGCCGAGCUGCGGGGCGGCGCUGGCUCCUGCCUCGGCCGGCUCGUGCUCAGUGCCCGCGGCGGCCCCGGCUGGCGGCCGGGAUGGAGAGGGAGCGGGGGCGCCGGCCACUCGGGGCGCUCAGCUCCAGCGGGCGUUGAAGACACUCGCCCCUAGCCGGGGCUCCCCGGAGCAAGAGGGUCCCGGGAAGAGAGCGGUCCGGCCAGGGGAAGGGAGGCGAAGUGCACGGAGCCCCUCUCCCGUGCCCACGUCCUAGGGCCGAGCGCAGCGGCCCAGGCCAGCAGCCCCCGGGGGCUUCGUGCCCUCUUGUUGCCUUUUCCUGCCCCGCCUUCGGGCACUGCGCCCCGGUCCCUGCCAGGAUGAGGAGGUUGCGGCGUCUGGUACACCUGGUUCUCUUCUGCCCCCUGACCAAGGGCUUGCAGAAUCGUCUACCUGGAAUCAAGGUGAAAUACCUCUUCCUGGCAUGGCUGGGCAUCUUUGUAGGCAGCUGGGUGGUGUACAUGCAUUAUUCUUCAUACUCAGAACUCUGCCGAGGACAUGUCUGUCAAAUGAUCAUUUGCGAUCAGUACAAGAAGGGGAUCAUCUCGGGUUCUGCCUGCUCCGACCUGUGCGACGAGCACACCUUGGUGUUCCAGCAGUGCCUGUCCCCGUCUCCCACUAAGCAGGUGUACAGUGGAGUUUGGAAGGGGAAAGCGGUAAUCAUCAAAUGUGGUAUCACAGAGUCCUUGAAGGCUGAGAACAAUCCUGAUACAGCCCCCCGAAGAGAGUUGGUUCUGUUUGACAAGCCAACAAGAGGCACAUCAAUGGAUGAGUUCAGGGAAAUGCUUCUGAAUUUUCUCAAAAGUAACCUUGGAGAUCAGCCUUCUCUCGCUGGCCUGGUUGGCCAGAUCAUCACCAUGGCGGACGUCAACCAGGAUGGGAAGGUGUCUCUUGCAGAAGCCAAGUCCAUCUGGGCGCUGCUGCAGCUCAAUGAGUUUCUCCUCAUGCUCUCGCUGCACGAGAAGGAGCACACGUCCAAGCUGCUGGGGCACUGUGGGGACCUGUACCUCACGGAGAAGAUCCCCCACAGCUCCCUGUACGGCACCGAGGUACCCCCCUUUCUGAGGCCACUGCUGCCCUCCGCACUCCACAGGCUCAUCCAGCAGUGGUUCGCGCCGGCCUGGCCACGCAGGGCCAAGAUCGCCAUCGGCCUCCUGGAGUUUGUGGAGGAGGUCUUUCACGGCACCUACGGGGUCUUCUACAUCUGCGAGACCAGCUCUGCCAACGUGGGCUACAACGCCAAGUUUGACUUUAAGAUGGCUGACCUGGGCAAGGUGGCCCCGGAGGCCGCGGUCCGGGCUUUCCUCAAAGGCCGCCACUGUGAGCAGAACGCGGACUGCACCUACGGCCAGGACUGCACGGCGCCCUGCGACAGGCUCAUGAAGCAGUGUAAGAGUGAGCUGAUCCAGCCCAACCUAGCUAAGGUGUGUGGGCUGCUGAAGGACUACCUGCUGUCCGGCACCCCCGCAGACCUCCAGGAGGAGCUCCAGAAGGAGCUCCAAAUCUGCAUGACUCUGAGCGGCCUGGCCAGCCAGAUGGAGGUGCACCACUCCCUAGUGCUCAGUAACCUCAAGACCUUGCUCUGGAAAAAGAUAUCCAAUACCAAAUAUUCCUAAAGGGACCAGGGCUUGUCCCAGCCACAGCCCACCUCUGCUGUCCUUUGCGGGGAAUCUCAUUACAACAAAGGGUUCUGUAGGACAAACAUUUCCACAUCCCGAGGGAGAGGCCAUGGUAACAGAGCUCUGGCUACAACCAAUUCUAUGUCACAAGUAGAAUAAGUGCUUUCUCUAAUCUAUCUACACCACAGCUACUUUCUAUGAGGAAAGGUUUUGGUUAUCCACAGUGAGGAGAGAACUGAAUUCUUCCCUUCUCUUUUGUCCUGGUGACAUUUCCACAGUCGUGGCAAUGAAACUCGUCCAAAUUCCCCAGACAUAAUUUGAAAUUAAACAGGAGUUGAGGAUCUUAAAAAAAACCCCAAAGGAAUGGAUGGGAUACAUGGACUUACUACCAUCCCAUCUUCUUUCUGGUACUGAAUACAAAACAUUUGUCACUUGCUGGAGUCAGCUUUCUUCUCCAGCUCCAGAAGAUAGAUUAAAAAAAAAAAAAACACAAAUCGAAUACAACAAAAACAAUUAGGUCCCUUUCCUGGCCCCACCUCUAUAAGAAUUCAUUAUUUACCUGUCUCUGCUUUCCUCUCCUCUCCUUCACUAGAAAGAGCUCUCCACCAAUAGGAAGUUCCCAUGAGCUAAAACCCUUUUUCUCCAUGGAAAAAUGUACCUGCAAUCCUUACAAGACUAUUGUCCUAAACCCUUCAGACACCCAGGUCAAUAAUGUGAGAACUUGGCAACCAUAGCUAAAAGGCUGUGUAGCAAGUAGAAAUCAACUGUGCAGAGGAAUUAGUCUUAACUGUGCAAUCAUUCCUCAUUAAGGAAGGAUCUGUAUUAGUACAGACCAAGGGAAUCAUAAUGCUGUUUUUACAAAAAAAAUUUUUGUUGAAUACUGAUGUAAAUAAAUAGCUUUUAUGUGACUGCCA